GACCGCAGUGUACACCAUCUCCGUUUCCACGAGGGAGGUGUCUACGAAUAAUAUACUCUUGGUCGAGAACGUAAUCGAGCGGCUGUGCAGGGCGGGGGGAUUGAUAUUAAAUAAAUUUAAAAAAAACUAAAUCAAAGAAAUCAUAAACGACGAGAAGAAGAUAAGAGAUAGGAAUCACGGUUUGAGAAACAGGUGGACCCAAGAGAAGAUUAAGGUGUCGUUUUCACGAGAGAGGGGCCGCUCGCGAUAUACUUAGGGUCGUCUCGUUCGGGUUUAAACUGUUAAACUUUUGCUUGGAAAAGUGUCUGGUAUUGCCAAAGUAUCACGUGGGGUAGCUUUGGGUUACACGAGGAACAAGUACCUUCAUGAGUACGACGGUCGGUAGUGGUGACCACGCGGUCGACGGUUCUCUCGUACCUGGUGCGCGGGACACCUAACACGCGGCUAAGACGCCGACGUAGUGAGGUUAGCGACUGUCGCUCAAAAUUAAUUUACAAAGAAUAUAUAUAUAUAUAUACAAGAGUAAAACGUAAUUCAUUUGAUUCGACGAGGAGAUCGUUUUAUUCCUCCCGAAGAUGUUCACGAUGCGGAUGAAUAUGCUGGGAUUGUUUUUCAACUGGUCCAGGAUCUGUGAUCAGGAUCUCUGAUCGUCGUUAUCGGAAUCUGAUGACUGAAUCAGUGGCCACGAGGUUGUGUCGUAUUUCAAAGAAGUUCACUGGUACUAAAGAAGAGAAGAAUACGUAAGGGGACUGGUGUGUUAAAAGUUCAUUCAUCUUCGCUGUGUUAUGUAUACAUAACUACCGUCGCUUAUCGAUACAUUGUGAUUACGUAUUUCCGAUCUAUGGACUGUUAUUACUGAGCUAAAUCCCGCGUGUCUUAUACUUUUUUCAUUUACACGAUUUAAAUCGUUCGACGAUUAUUCGCGAAUUUUCGAGUGUCGUGUGAUUUCGGUACCGGAAGUCACGAGGUUCGCAACUUGUGUCUGUCGAUUAAAUUUUUUUUCUUUUCUUUUUCUUCAUCCUAUCACUCGAGUGCCACGCGUCUAAUCGAUUUUCUCAUACAGUGGCUGGUUGUCUGCCUGUUUUUUUUUGUUCGUCGUUAUAAUUUUAUAAUUAACGUAUUUCUUAAUUAACGAUAACGGCGUGCUUAUUAAUAUUGAUAUCCAAUAAUAUUACGCGGGUGAUAACGCAAGAAUGAUAGUGCUCCUCUUAUCUGUACUCUUGCUGAGGUGUGAAGCAUAGUACAUGCAUUGCUGAGGAUUUGAGGAUUCUUCGAGGAUUCAAGGGAUCCGCAAAAACGCGGAAAUAAUCAAGCAGCGUGGAGCGCUCGGCGAUUGUGUGGCCGCGCGCUGCGGACCUGUAUUUCUAUCAACCAGGGUGCGCAUUCCUGACCUACUACAGCCGUGACAGCGCGAUCAGCGCCCAGAACGCUCUGCAUGAGAAGCGGACUUUACCAGGGGGUGUGACGGGCGACCGGCUGGCCGGGGACGCCGCACACCUCCUCCGUCUCUUCUUCUUCUUCUUGCCACGACCACAAGACACAAUGUAACAACAACUACCACUUCUAGUCGUCCGCGUGAACCACGUUAUCAACGUACUCGAUGUGAUGAACCGUCCUAUUCAAGUGAAGCCGGCGGACAGUGAAAACCGCGGAGACAGAAAGCUGUUCGUGGGAAUGCUCAGCAAGCAACAGACCGAAGACGAUGUUCGACAGUUGUUCGCACCCUUCGGCACAAUAGAGGAGUGCACCAUCCUUCGUGGACCCGACGGAACCAGUAAAGGUUGCGCAUUCGUGAAGUUUUCGUCGCACCAAGAAGCACAGGCGGCGAUCACUUCCUUACACGGUAGCCAAACUAUGCCGGGUGCAUCAUCCAGCCUAGUGGUAAAGUUCGCAGACACUGAGAAAGAGAGACAGCUAAGACGCAUGCAGCAAAUGGCUGGGAACAUGAGCCUCCUUAACCCAUUCGUCUUUAAUCAGUUCGGCUCCUAUGGCGCUUACGCUCAGGAAUUAUUUCAGACGUCUGAGAUACCGAAUUUCUUGCAGCAACAAGCGGCGCUUAUGGCCGCCGCAACGGCGCAAGGAACAUACAUCAAUCCGAUGGCAGCGCUGGCCGCCGGACAACUGCCCCAUGCUCUCAAUGGAAUGCCCAAUCCCGUAGUUCCACCCACUUCCGGUUUGCUCGUAGGUACCGGUACAGGGCAGCCAGUGAACGGAGCGAUACCUUCGUUACCUUCGCCGACGAUGCCGACUUACAAUAUGGCAGCGCAAACACCGAAUGGUCAGCCAGCCGGUUCGGACGCAGGAGUCUACACCAACGGCAUCCCCCAGACCUACCCGGCACAUGCCCUCCAUCUGUCCAUUCCAGCUCAGGGGCUGCCCAAUGGGGAGGCGGCUUUACAACACGCCGGCGCGUAUCCUGGAAUGCAACCCUAUCCUGGUGUCGCUUAUCCCGCCGUCUACGGCCAGUUCCCACAAGCCAUUCCUCAGCCGAUGACCGCCGUGGCUCCCACGCAGAGAGAAGGAUGCUCUAUCUCAGGACCCGAGGGCUGCAACCUGUUCAUCUACCACCUGCCCCAGGAGUUUGGGGAUGCUGAGCUCAUGCAGAUGUUCAUUCCGUUCGGCAACGUCAUCUCCUCCAAGGUCUUCAUCGACCGAGCCACCAACCAAAGCAAAUGCUUCGGUUUCGUUUCCUUCGACAAUCCGACUAAUGCGCAGGCAGCGAUCCAGGCGAUGAACGGCUUCCAGAUAGGGAUGAAGCGAUUAAAGGUCCAGCUGAAGAGGCCCAAGGAAGCCAAUCGGCCGUACUAACCCACGUCCUAGCCUAGACAAACUGGCCGGGUCGCGCCCUACGUCAUAACCUACAGAAUGUUGUAUGACAACGCGAGCCCAUUGGACGCUCGACGAUCAGGAGUGAUGAGUUUGAAUCACCGCUACAACGCUCUCCACCGUAACAACCUAGUAUACUAGUUAGUUAAUUAUUAGAGGUUAUUAGGGUUUAGUAGACAGGCUUUACCAUUUACCAAGAAGAAGAGAUACCGACGGUACAGCGAGAUCGGCAGCGAUCUCCCGAUAAAAAAAAAGGAUCUCGUACGACGACAGGAUGUCCAGGACACGCACGACGCGUAACCGACAUCCCUGCUGCAUGGCGUCGACAAGGUAGCGGAAAGUGCGUCGAGAGAGUUUUCUUUUUUCUUUUUCUUUUUCUUUUUCUUUUAUCAACGAUACCAAGAGAAACGAGAAGAAAGAGGAAGAAACAAAAAUUAAGUGUCGAGGAGAACAAUGUAUUAUAGAGGAACCCCUUCGUAUGCGAUCGCAGCGCCUCUACGACCGACCAAACGAUACGACGAUUGUCCUUCGCGAAGAAGAGAUAUCGCGGUUACACUCUAGUCACGACACACAAAUAUUUUCGAUUUUAUUCUACCUUUCCAAAAUUAUCUAUAUUAAGUAUCGUCCCUUAAUCUUCUUUGUAUUUAUUGCUCGCUCGAUGUAGCCGCUCGCCGAUUGUGCGGGUACGAAAGAAAAAGGAAAAAAAAAUUAAUCGUUGCCAUACAAACAUUUCGAGGAUCCGAUCGUCACAAUCCCCAGCUUAACACGGCGAUCGAUACCCCCCGAUCGCAUAUGGAUUCUCUCUUUGUAGGUUACGUAUAUUCGAAGGUAGGUUUUAUAUGCCAUUCUAGAUGAUUCGUAGCGACGCGUUUAGGGCGAGUGUGCAAGUAAAGCGAUCCGACGCGGACGUAACGUCGGUCCAGCCGAAAUCCUCGAGAUGGCUUGGGAGUCUGUAUGGAGGGGGGCUGAGGGAGAGGGACAGGUGCAGGAGGCACACGUUGCGGCCGUUUUACGCACACGGGCCCAAAAGUACGAGUUUGUACAGUUGAUAACGACGGCAGUGUACGAUUGGUGCGUACUUUUCCGUUAUACGGGGAGAGGCGAGGAGGGGGGAGCACCGAGAGACACUUCGCAUUUAUUACAUUGGCUGGCCAGAAAAAUAAUUCGUUCGGGCUCGAUUUACAAUUGAGCGUGGCCGAUCGGCCAAUCGACGCGGAAUCUAUUCAGCUUGCGAUUCCUGGCCGAGGAGUGAUCGCGACCGACGUUGAUGACGGUGACGAGAUCAACGCCUAUUGAAAGAUACGGCGUAAGCCCGAUGCGGCAUCGCUCGAGAAAUUCCAACAAGGCUGUGAUUUAAAAAAAAAGAGGGAAGGGCAGGUGGAGAGGGAUAUCAAUGAAGAAACAGAGGAAUGAGAGAGAAGGAAAAUUAAUAAAAAAAAAAAAAAAAAAAAAAAAAA